UGUCGUGUGUUAUUUCUUCCACUGACGAUCUUCGGCGUCAAGAUGUCUACGUCUGUGACAGCCAAACUUCAAGAUGACAUGAACAGCAUACCGUUGGCGGAUGAUGAUCCUCAAGUAAUUAUUCCUGAAGAAGAAAUUUUGGAUAACAGCUGUCAUCUAUCCGAUGCAUUAGGCAGAGGACGCAGUAUGGAUUCCAUUCCAUCAACUUUCACAAAUGGUAGCUGUAGUCCCAAUAGCUUAGAUCCUGAUAUCAGCCCAGAUGAACAAGAAGAGAAAGCUAGAUUGAUUGCCCAAGUACUCGAGCUUCAAAAUACUUUAGAUGACUUGUCUCAAAGAGUAGACAGCGUGAAGGAAGAAAACCUAAAGCUAAGAAGUGAAAAUCAAGUACUCAGCCAAUAUAUUGAAAACUUGAUGUCUGCAUCCAGUGUUUUUCAGUCCACCAGCCCCAAUACCAAAAAAAAGUGAAUCCGUGUUUUUAAACUAGAGAAAAAUUUUGAAGAAGCAGGGAUCUGAAAAUAAUGUGAUUUUUAACCCUUCGUAAAAAGUAUGUAAGUACAAUUAUAUUAUAACACUUUUUUUUUUAAUACAAGUAAAA